GUCUCACCAAAAAGUACUAAGAAACACACAAGCAGUAAAACGAGAUUGCACCGUCACCAUGAUGAGGGACAUCGUCGACAAGGAGCAGUAGCCCCGGCACCCACGGCCGCAGCAGCAGCACCUGCACCUGCUGCUACUACAGUCCCACCAGCACCCGGGGCCCCCACAGUACCACCAGCACCAGGUGCUUCCGCAGCACCACCAGCACCCGGAGCUACCACAGUCCCACCAGUACCCGGGGCCCCCACAGUACCACCAGCACCAGGUGCUUCCGCAGCACCACCAGCACCGGGUGCUACCACAGUACCACCAGCACCAGGUGCUACCGCAGUACCAGUACCCGGUGCAGCCAAAGUACCACCAGCACCAGUUCCUGGCGCUACCACUGUACCACCAGCACCAGGUGCUACCGCAGUACCACCAGCACCCGGUGCAACCACAGUGCCACCAGCACCAGGUGCUACUGCAGUACCACCAGCACCAGGUGCUACUGCAGUACCACCAGCACCCGGUGCAACCACAGUACCACCAGCACCAGGUGCCACUGCAGUACAACCAGCACCCGGUGCAACCAAAGUACCGCCAGCACCAGUUCCUGGACCUACCACUGCACCACCAGCACCAGGUGCUACCGCAGUACCACCAGCACCAGGUGCAACCACAGUACCGCCAGCACCAGGUGCAACCAAAGUACCACCAGCGCCAGUUCCUGGCGCUACCACUGUACCACCAGCACCAGGUGCUACUGCAGUACCACCAGCACCCGGUGCAACCACAGUGCCACCAGCACCCGUUCCUGGCGCUACCACUGUACCACCAGUACCAGGUGCUACCACAGUACCACCACAAGCACCAGUUCCUGGCGCUACCACUGCACCACCAGCACCCGGCGCUACCACAGUGCCGCCAGCUGCCGGCGUUAGCAAAGUCGCACCAGUUCCUGGCGCUAGCACUAUACCACCAGCACCGGGGGCUACCACAGCACCACCAGCACCAGGUGCUUCCACAGCAGCACCAGCACCUGGGGCUACUGCAGUUCCACCAGCACCUGGCGCUACCACAGUACCACCAGUACCCGGUGCUUCCACAGCAGCACCAGCACCUGGGGCUAGUGCAGUACCACCCGCACCCGGUGUUACCACAGUAGCACCAGCUCCAGGGGCAACUCCUACGGCCAAAGUGCCCUCGGGUGAGUAAUUAUUGUAGGUUCUAUUAUUGUUUUGUACUUCGGUAAUGUAAGUUAGGCCGUCAAAUUUAAGAGGAAAAGAAAAGUUUCACGAAAGAUAACAAAGUAAAUUGUAGAUAACGACUAAAGUGUCUUAGCCUCCGUGCAAGUUCCCGGAGGACCAUCCCCGGAGCACUCCAGAGAGCUUGCUUACAGGCUUGAAGUAUCUUAGGCUGUGUUCACACGAUACGGGCCGGGAUCGAUAGCUCUCAUCCAAACAGGAAAAGCUGUCCGGUAUGGUAUGAACACCUAUCCGACAUGUGACUCUCCUCUUUAGAUAUCGACUUCGCUUCGUUACAGAAAUCGGGCCGAAAUCACUGUUCUAAUGUGUGUGACAUGUGUGAACAGAAUCCCCAUCCUAUGCGACUUAAUUUUCGCACCGGCGCAAAUGCUAUCCGGUAUAGGGUUAUCAAAGCCUUAGGCCUCGGCCAAACGUCAAACUUUUCAUGAGACGGGCCAAAAUUUUUGAUUUAACUUCAUGAAAAGUUCGACGUCUGGCCAAGUUAAGUUCGUCUCAAGAAUCUUGGAUCGUCCAACACGUUCUAUCCGUCUGCUUCAGACGAAUUAUAGAACGUCUGAAGAUUGUCCCAGAGACAAACGUCGAUCUUCACACGCGACCAACUAAACUAAUAAUUUAAAAUUUGGAUGAUGAUGUAUAUUAAGCGUCUUUGGACCGCUAAAAUUCCUUUUGGUCUGAUUUAGUUGAUUGGUUCGACGAGUCUCAAGUUUGACGUCUCACCCAACAGACGAUCUUAACUUAAUUUAUGUCGACCCAAAUUAGAGUUUGGUUCGUCACAUGAAGAAUUCGACGUUUAUUCUAGGGCUUAGACUUUUGAAUUGGUUUCUUUCGUAAUUUGAGUUUAUUGCUACUUUGGUUAUCUAUUGAAAGAGCACAAGUUGUUUUUUCCUAAGACGUUCUUAAUAGCUUUAAAAAAAAUGUAUACUUUAAGUGGUCAAAUGUUGACCCUUGAAGCUUUUUAACAUCACUUAGUUGAUCUGAGAACACUUUUGUGAACAUUUCCUGUGCUUUUUUCCCACCACAGUUCCCGUUGCCGGUUAUAAGAGCCCGACGAAAAAUGCAUUAUUCAAGCCUAACGAUGAAGGAACAAAAGUUAAAUCCACAGAAAAGGACGAGGAUUUAUCAGGAGAAAGGGAGAUUAGUGAUGCCUCAGCCGAGAGUGGGCAGGAGGACGAUGCAUCUGCCGAGGAGGAAGACAGAGAGAAAGAUAAUUUUGCUGAAGUCGAGGAAGAGACUGACAGCUCUGCUGAUGAUAAAUCAGGGCGGUGGAAAACUAUAAGAAACUUAAUCCGAAAACACGAAACACCAACGGCAACAAUCUUAAAAGGAAAGUCAUCAGAAAUCUGA